AUGGUUGGAGGAUUUCUAAAGAAUUGUUACUAUUUCAAGAAGAAGAUUCUUGAAGAUGCUGAAGUUUUCAUUGAUAGUUUGAACCAUUCCCUCUUCCAAAGACCAUUGAUGGUGACUAGAAAUGCAAAGAAGUUCCUACAAGCUUUGGAUUUGAUACUGCAUGCAAG